AAAGAAGGAGCAUCUUUCGUUCCUUCCAUUUCCUGACAGACGACCAUCAUCAUCAAGAGCGACGACAUGGGGUUAGGGUUGGACGUGCAUAGCAACUUUGCCGAGACGCGACUUUCGUCAAAAUGCAACGCGUUCACCGCUUCACCAAUUUUGGACCAAAGUCGGACACUCGACCGCAAUUUGACCACGCUGGCGAAACACGACCAAACGAAGACGCCGAGUCUCGUUGGGGCCAAGAAUCAUGGACGAGAACAGGCGUCCAAGCACCCAUGCCGUCACCGUUCAAACCGCCAUGGCCCAUUCAUCAACGGCAACAGCAGCCCAAUCUGGGAGUAUCACGACCAUCAAGCAAGAAGAUGGCGUGUCAUUUCACAUCAAGCCUGAACAUGACUCCUUUAGUCUCUCGGAUUUGCCCCCUUUCAUCCGAGAGGAAAACGGAAUGGAGGUCAUCUACGAGGACGGUCAUCUGGAAGAAGAGGACGCUGAUGUGCAAGAAGAGGGGAUUGUUGUCACCAAGUUCGGGUCCCAUCAUGGCUCCAGCCAUGCCAACAGAUUUGAACCAAAUCGCUCAAGAACCAUCACCAAGCGCAAGCCGGACUUUCAAGAGGACGAGCCCGGGACAAAAUCAGACUCAGACUCAGACUCCGACUCCGACUCCGCCUUCGAGUCCAUGAGUUUGGGAACCCGUAAACGCCAAAAGACCGAGACUGGCCGGGCGAACACGACCGCAAGCACCACGACAACAACUGGGAUGAGACCAGAAACCACCAUGGUGUUGUCCACUAAACAGGUCAUCACUCAAAUCUUCUCGUCCAGUUCUCCUCGCGCCCAUAGCGAUAUCCACACCUACCCACUGCCGCCAGACCAACCUCAUCGACAUAGCUACCACAGUCCCCUUCUCCUAUCCUUCCCAAGCAACUCGAAAUCCUGUUCCACAGAAAAUUCCACAGCUGCAGCCCGCAAGCACCGCGAUGCCCUCCUCGCCUGGUUCGACACGUACAGUGCAGCUCGCCAGAUGCCGUGGCGGAAGGCUUGGGUUGAUGCCAGUCCGUUGCUUUACCCUGCCAGCGGUAUCCCUUCUUCCUCCAUCGCAAUCAACACCACUUCCGCUCCCGCUCCCGCUUCCGCUUCCGCUUCCAAGCCCGCUGCUUCCAGCGUUCAGCCGACAUCAGACUCGCUUGUGGGUCCCAAGGUGAAAGCUUCCCCACCGAUUCCGGAAUCAGCCCUCCUCUUCCCCAACCUAGCUGCCUCGAUUCUCCGCGCUCAAGCCGAAGCUGAGGCACAAAAACGGCAAGCCCAAGCUGAAGCUGAAGCGAGAGCCCGCGCCCACGCCCAAGCAAAAGUCAAAGCCGAAGCCGAAGCCAAAUCCCAAAAGCAAGCCCAAACUCUCCAAUCCCUCCGGUCCACCAUCGCCCAACGUUUUUACGAAACUCUCCUCUCCGAAAUUUUGCGCCAAAUUUUCCGUGAGACCGACCAGGAGGAGGCGAUAAAGAACAUCACAACGCAAUAUGACCGGUGGAUAAAGGCUUUUCCGACAAUAGAGGAUUUGGCAAAGGCGAAUGAGGAACAGGUGGAGGAAUUAUCAGACGACAUCCGCGCUACACGUUUACACAGGGCGGCGAGACAGAUUUGCGAAGGGAAGAGUUACAAGAGUAUCGAGAUUAUUCGGUUGCCGACGACGGUUGAGAAGCUCCAGAACCUAUCUGGCGUCGGGCCACAUACUGCCGGUGUGGUAGCUGCUGUAGUUUUUGGGCGAGCAGAGCCGAUGGUAAUCUGGGACGUCACCCGCGUCCUGGCGCGGCAACUGGGAAUCAGAGCGGAUGCGAAUAAGAACGCAGCCCGGGAGGUGAUUUGGGAAGCGGCGAGGAGGUUGGUGGAGCAAGUGGCUUGGGACGGCGUUGAAGCUGAGGAGGAGGCCAAGGCGAAGCGGAUAGGGAAAAGCAAGAAGGGAACCCGAAAGGACAUGAACGAGGGAGAAAACGUGGUUGAUCUGGAUGACAGAAGAAACAGAGGACCACCCCCUCUCAGUGACCGGCCGGGACGUUGGGGUCAAGCGCUUAUGGAACUGGGAGCAGCCGUCUGUCUCGCGGCGCCGAAGACGCCCUUGUGCCACUUGUGUCCCAUCCAAGCCACGUGCAGAGCGUAUGCGGAAGGGCUGGAGAUCGCAAGGGAGGAAGGGAUGGUGGUAGGAAAUAAGGCCACCAGAAAAGAGCAGGACAGGCAAGCGUUGAAGAAGAAAGUGGACAAGUUGCAAAAGCAAAAGGUGGUGGAUAUAGAAGAUGCGGCAUGUUCGUUAUGCCCUCCUCUAUCAUUAUCUCCUCCAAUCUUUCCCUCUGCUAGUCAUUCGUCGAACUACACUUCUGCAACGAAGAUAAAGAAGGAGAACCAAGACGAGAUAUGGCAGCCAGGGGAGUAUCUGGAAGACACAGACCGCGACACAGAAGUGCACUACCUCGGCACCGUGCCCAAGUCGGCGCUGCCCAGCACCAAAGAGAACACCGGUACUCAUAACAUGCAGACCACCCAGGACACUCAACAACAGACAAACAACAAGGACGCAAAAACCAUCUGGACCACCUUCUACGAACAAAACAGCUGGUUAAGGCUCCCUAUUAACCUCGAACGCAGCAAGCCUAUACCCGACUAUCUCUGCUCGACAACCAGAAAGUUUAUUACUGCUUACUGCGCCCAAUAUCCCUACAAUGCCUAUACCAAGGCGAAACCCGAAGGGAAGACGACGACGGCAUCAGGUCCCCCGAAAAACAUCGAUCUUUCCAUGUUCAGGUAUCAAACUUAGGCGUCUUGAUGGCGAUAAGAAUUUCUCCAAGUCAAAAGACAUCGGGAACCAUGUGAGUCUUAUUUUGACAAUUGGUGGGGCGGGUAUAGGUCCUUCCAAUGUCACCGAGACGAGACAUAGGAGGCUCGCGGAGGUUUGAGGAGAGCUUUGAACGGAUUAAUUGUCUGUUGACAUUCUCGGUUUUCGGUUGGAGUAAAUCAUGAAGAGAUUCUGGUGGAUGGUGGACUUGGCGGGCACGGAAAAUAGAGUGGUUAUCUGGUGGAAAUAAGUGUUGUGAGGUAGUCAAGGACAUAACAUAUGACGGCGUGACAUUUAUAGGCAUAUUCAAGCAUAAAAGCAUAUUGGACACCGCGCUUCAAAUCAAG